AUGGGUUUCUUCUUCUUCUUCUUCUUCUCGGUCUGCAUACGGGGUUAUUGGCAGCAAGCAGCCACCCAAAAAACGUUGAUGGUUGGAGACGACGAUGGGCGUACCACCUUACACAUUAUUCGGAAUGCACACUCGUUUUCGCUCGAACAGCCUAAUCCACCCGGGUUGUUGACAGAUGUGAGGCAAGCAGGGACAAGCAAGGAAUCUCAAAACAGCAGUGACAAUGCUUUUCCCAAAUUUGGAUUGCGAGUUUGGAAGUCGGGCAGAAUAUUCGUCCAUACUGACUCCCUUCUGCACUUGUUCAACUCUUUUUUUUCCGUCCCUUCCAUUUUCUCCGGGGGAACCUCGACGGGAAGAGCUUCCGUUGCCCGGACGGUUGGGUCCCACGGAAAAAUAGAAGGUGGAGGAUGCGCGCCCCACCACUUAACGCGACUUCUCGCCUGCAUCGUGUGCUCCUUUCGAAAAACGCGUCUGUCGCGGUCGGUGGUCCGCGACCCCCUUAGCCCGGCGCGUUGCUGCCAUCCGUUGCUCCAUCAUUUCCGCUCCCCACUCUCCUUCCAAUGUACAAAACCUCUUCAUACUCUUCAUGACUUCUUGAUACUUUCAACUUGUACCUUCUACACGAACCGAGACUUUUUAAUUGCGCUUGCCAGUCCUCUCGACUUCUACUUCUCAACUUCACAGCUUCCGCUUGUAAUCUGCAUCGCUCUCGACCGCCUACGUUUUCCUCCCCUCAUCACCUAG